ACUGGCUGGAAACGUCCACGCACAACGCCUGUCAUCAUACUUGAUCAAUGCAGCGCUUGUGUAUCACGAGAGGAGGAUGAAGACGCGCAUACACUUGUACCUCCCAACGAGAAGAUGUACAUCCGUCCAUGCGAAUGGGAGGACAAGCCCUGCGGCAUGUGGGUAGGCGCUACCCAGGCUCGGGUCAAAGCCCAUUUCGAGGUUCAUCACGGCGUUGUUUCCAGCAUUAAACCUAACGCAGAUGAGCAGCGCCAGAAGUGUCGGUGGAAGGGUUGCGAAUGUGGUAAACCGAUGCUUUCCAGAAACCUUGUAAGACACAUCAUCAACGUCGCUCACUUCGGGAUGAAGUACAAAUGCAGCAAGUGUCCGACAGAAGUAGUACGCUUGGAUGAUUUCAUGGAGCAUAAAAUGCGGUGUCCUGACGCUGAGCCUGUUCUUGCCACCAACGCACCUCGUGUUCCCAAGAAACCUGUGUUCGCUAACAAGAGAAUGCGCACGAUCUGAUUAUCCGCUGCUACUGUCGAUUAUGAAUUUCGUUCAUUUAUGCUCUGCAUCUACGUG